AACGGUACGUCCUGAUGGCGUGUUGUCAACAGCGGCCACAGUCAAGUUGGAUGUCUUGGUUUACUGGAGUGUCGUUCAAAAAGAUUGAAGAUUUUAGGGAUCUUAGGAAUGGGGACCACAUUGCAGUUGAUGGCGUAAGCUCUACUGCAGGUCUUGGAGUGUUAUCGCUUUGGCAUCAUGGCAUUUACAAUGACGGUUGCGUUUACCAUUUUGUUGGUGGAUCUAAAGGAAAUGCAGGAAUAUGCAAGUCCGGAUUCAUGGAGUUCUUACGUGAACGAAAUGUCCUUUAUCAGUUUAUAUACGAAAAGGGUAAAUGUUGCUCUCCAGAAGAGGUUAUCCACAGAGCUGAGCAGAUAUUUCAAACUGGAGAAUGGCCUGGCUACAAGUUGUUGAGGAACAACUGUGAGCAUUUUGCUACAUUUUGCAAGAAAGGAAAAGCAUACUCCACUCAAGUCAAAGAAUAUGUAACUGGGGCAGUUACAACUAUUGGAGCAGGAGUGGGUGUGGUUGCUACUGUGGGGGCUGCAAUUGCAUAUGCACGCCAUAACUUGGCUCAAGUGCAAGCAGUGACAACAAUGAUGAUGAUGAUGAUUGAUGACCACAAUCAAUAAAAGAAUUAGUCUGUUUCUAAUCGGUUAGAGUUGGUGGUUCAUUCGACAAGUUAGGACUUGAAUGUGAACAAUUAGUAUAUGUACUCGUUGUUCCAAGUUGUUUACUGUUAGACCUGACAAGACAACAUAUUGAGUUGA